CCUUUUAUUUUUGUUUUUCAACUUCUUUUUGUAUGGCCUUUGUUUUCGUCCCUAUGUUCGGGCGUUGUGCAACACUGGCACGCUGAGUACUUGACAACACUAGCAACAGCAACGCUAGUAUCGCAAAAAAUAAUUUGUGAAGAAAAAUCGGGUUUUACGUAGCAAUAACUAAACAAAAGAGAACGAUUAAAAUGCCCAAGGGACGCGUGAGCAAUGUGUGGCAGCACUACGAUAUUAACGAGGAGUGCGAAAACUUUGCGAUAUGCCGCUACUGCGGCAACAAUAUAUCGCGUGGUGGCAUGGCCAGCAAUUUGAAGGGCAACAAUACCACCAAUUUGUGGACGCAUCUGCGCCACAAGCACAGCGACGAGGUCCUGGUCAGUCCGGUGCAGCAACGCACACCAACUCGGAUGAUCCCGAUCAUAAAGAAAGAGAAAACCGUGCGGAUAACCAAGGCCAAGACGGUGAGGGAGCCACUGCGCGUGGCCAAGCCGAAGAUCGAUUCCAGUGUCGCUAGCUAUCUGGGCGAAGCUGGGGCCCUGCCGCAGAAGUGGGAGGAGUACGAGCAGAACGAUGAGAUCGGCGAGGACAUCAAGGACAUCAUCUACAGCGAGGAUCCCCUGUGCUACAGUCCCAUACACGUGAUGGACGAGGAGGGCGGCGUAGAGGAGAAGCAGGUCACCGUGCUGAGCCACUCGGGUGCCGGCGGCGGGAGUGGCAGCAGGGCAAAUGCAGCAGCGUCUCAGGGGAUCCAGGCCACUGUGGUGGCCUCCACCUCGAGCAACAACAACUCGGCCAAGCAGCUGAAGAACAACCUGGAGACGUCCAUCGAUCGACUGACCACCGUCAGCGAGCAGCUCAGCUAUAUCAUCCAGCAAAACCACGAGGAACAGACAAAGGACGACGACUACUACUUCGCUUUGAGCUUGGUGCCCGUCAUGCGUCACUUGUCGCUGAAUCGCAAACUGUACGUGCGCUCCAAGAUCCAGGAGAUACUCUUCAAGGAGAGCGAGGAAUCGACGCCAGCCAAGGAUGAGUAGGCGCCGGCGUAACAUACAUUUACCCAGAGGAUUAAGAAAACGAGGAUCGGAAACAACAGGGCAGCUGCAUUGCAUGCCUCUGAUUAGGUUAAAUAUCUAUACAUAUGUUAUGUAUUCAUUUAAUUUAUGCGCUUUCUACCAAGUGCAAAGACUUUGAUUAUUCAAUUUUUAUUCACCCUUUACUUUAACCCAAAUGCAAAACCGAAAUAAAGCUGUACAACAUAGUAAGAAAAA